AUGGCAGAGAGCAUCACCUUCAAGAACAAGCUCCGCCAUGCCCUUCCCGACGAUAUCAGGGUUGUGUUUGAAACCGACGAAGAUUACAAAGCCAUGAUUGCCACUUGGAAUAUUCGCUCACGACAUCGACCACUCGUCAUUGUGCAACUUGGAGUCAAUCACCUCGCCAUUCGCGGCGGUGGCCAUUCCUUUGAAGGAUUAAGCCUGGGUGGAAGUGAUGGUGCCUUGGUCCUUGAUAUGAUUCUCAUGAAUAAGAUUGAAUCAAACCCAGGAAAGAAUGAACCGAUUGCGGAGGGUGGGGCAAUAUUAGGUGAUAUUAGUCUCCAUGCAUUCAAGAAUGGAGGGAAAAUGAUCCCCAUGGGCACCUGUCCAUCUGUUGGUAUUGCGGGACAAGUGCAGUGUGGUGGUUUUGGGUUCCAUACUCGCACACAUGGCCUACUUGUGGACAGAGCUCUUGCAUUUGAAGUUGUCACAGCAGAUGGAGCUAUCCGCCAAGUCAAUAAAAAGGAGCACGCUGAUUUAUUCUAUGCUCUUCGUGGGUCUGGAUCAGGCUCAUUUGGUGUCAUUACUUCUGUGACGCUUAGAACAAACAAUGCCCCAGGUGCAACAGCUAACUUUUCAAUUCGCUGGGAUCUUGAUUCAUCGGAUGUUCCUGAUAUACUUAAAGCUGUUCACCAUGCAUGUCUCAAAGCUCCUCCUGGCAUAAAUCCAAUGAUCAUUAUCUGGCUAGGUGUUCUCGAAGUAUACGGCACAAUCCUGGCAGAAUCAGAUGUUGAGAGAGAUGAGAGCUGGAGGUCAUUCUCAUCUCUGCUACCCAGAGCUCGCAGCUUACGCAUGAAGCCACUAUCCUUCAUUGAUUCGUUGAUUGAGAUCUCGAGCCUUCAGACUUCAGCGCCGUGGUAUCAAGAUUUAGACCAAGUACACCGCGAAGGAGAGGAACAUCUCCGAUAUAUGAAAAUAAAAGCUGGUUUCAUACCCGGUGCGCUUGACGACUCAUUCUUGCAUACUCUGGGCGAUUUCCUCAUGACACAGCCUACCACGGGGGUUCGCGUACAGUUGCUAGCCCUGAAUCCUGAGAUUGAGCCUGAUCCAGACACUUCUUCAGUGAAGGCUCGUCAUUGCGCCUGGCUCAUGGGCAUGUCGGUGUACUUGCAAGCCCAGGAAUAUGGUCAAGAGGGGCUGUGGAUUGAAGCUGCCGAGCGCCUACCAUGGUUGACCAAAGCUUACGAGCUGUUCUAUCCCCACACGGUUGGAGGGUACCUUGGCGAUGACGACCUAGAAGAGGGACAGAACGGACGGAGCAUGAUGGAGAGCUUUUAUGGGCAUCAUUUGCCUCGACUUUCUGCUAUCAAGGAGAAGUAUGAUCCACAAAAUUUAUUUCAUCACCCAUUGAGCAUCCCAGUGUUGAGGGAUUAG